CUGGAGCAGCGCAUCAAGGAACUAGAGGCCCAGCUGGCCGCCGCGAGGGUACACGCCCCCGGCCCCGCGGAGCCCUCGCGGACGUCGUCGCCCAGCCUCGGCCCGUCGGCGGGUCAGUCGCCGAUGACUGACCCCCAUCACGUCGAGUCGCAGGAUGAGGAGUCCGUGAGCGAGAGCUUCAAGGGGCUCAAGGUCGACGACAAAGGCGCCAUCACGUAUCACGGCGCUACGAGUUUCUUCCAGUUGCCCGGUGAUCGGCAGCUCGGUUCGAGAGACCACACGUCGUCGUCGGAGCAGGCUAUGAAUCGGCGCCAGAGGCUGGUUGCGAAAGCUUGGGAGCAGAGAGCCAUGGAGAACAUGUCGGAGAUCCCGGAACCAUUCCAAUACCUGUUGAACGUCCAUUGGUGCUGGAUCCAGCCUCUUUUCAACUUCAUCUACAGGCCCGCUUUCACCCGUGAUAUGCAGUCGAUGGGCCCGUACUACUCUCACACGCUGAUGAACGCGGUAUUAUCUCACUCAAUACGUUGGGGCAGGAGUGAUCCUGCCACGAAAGAGAAGCUCGAUGAGUACUACGACGGCGGCGCGCUCUUCGGCAAGCACGCUCGAAGUAUGGUCUUCGAAGAGCUCAGCCAGGGCGUCAGCUCGAUUCCUACCGUCCAGACAUUGCUGCUUCUCAGCGCGCAAGAGUGCAGUGUCGGGAACAGCGCCCAAGCAUGGACAUACAGCGGUCUCGCCUUCCGCAUCAUAGACCACCUUGGUAUCUGCGUGGACGGCCAGAGGUAUCCCGGCUCGGUGCAGUUCAGUGACGAGGACGUCGAGAUUCGGCACCGUCUGUUCUGGAGUUGUUAUUUCUGGGACAAGAUGAUCAGCUUGUACCUCGGCCGUUCGCCAUCGCUGCAGCAGACGUCGGUGUCGCCGCCGCAAAUCAUAUUUGACGACUCGGCCGAGAACGACUCCUGGACGCCGUUUGGUGUCGUUCCGCAAGGCGGCUGGAAGUACCCUCCAUCCCACGCAUACUCCACCUCAUGUUUCAUGCAGAUGUGCCGACUCUCCGUCAUCUUCAACGAGAUCCUCGUCCACAUGUACGACCCAGUGCGCCCCAACAGCCAGGCCGAGAUGCAAGACUGCCUCGUCAAGCAAGAGCCCGCCCUUCAACAGUGGUGGGAUGAGCUACCCCCUCAUCUGAAGCUGGAGUCCUCCAACCUGCCCAAGCUGGCGCCGCCAUCCCACAUCAUCACGUUAAACGCACUCUAUCGGACUUUCAAGAUCCUCCUUUACAGGCCGAUGCUGUCCCAGAGGGGCCGCGUCGGGGAGAACCUGCAGCUGGUUCAGCGGUACCUGGUCGAGUGCGUGACGACGGCAACGUCCAUCGUCGCAAUCUUCGACCUCUUCUGCCAGUCCUUCGGCAUCAGCCACUGCGUCUUGUCGCUCUCGUACAGCGUCUACAUCGCCGCGUCCAUCUUCCUCCUGCAGGUUCAGUCGAGCGUCGAGGACACGCAGGCUCUCCACCGGCUGCAGUACUGCGUUCGGAUUCUCGCCUCUGUGAAACGAAUCAACCCAGUCAUCAGCAGUGCUCUUAACCUCAUCAUCCGCGAGCUCGCCAGCCUCGGCAUCGACGUCGGCGCCCUCGGUAUCCCUAAGACUGCCGCAACGCCCCCGAUGGCGACGUACGGCAUCCCGCAGAACAGACCGAUGGACGGGAUCCCCACCUCCGCGCCUCCGGGACCCGAAGCCACGAGCUCGCCGGAGCAGCUCGAAAACUUCUCCUUCGUCGAUACCCUCGGCCCAGAGGCUUUCGCGAUCGAUCCGCAGGUCUUCCAGAACAUGUCUUCCAUCGAGCCUUUGAGCGUCCGGGUUGGCGCGAUAGACGAAUAA